AUGACGUGCGACGUGUGUGAAACCAUCAUCGACAUAUACUCAGCCGGUUUCGAAGAAUGGGAUGAAGAGAUCCUUGGUGAAGUCUCGACGGUGCUGAACAGCAACUGUCCUCAUGCAGAGUCCCUCAGUCGCGCUGCCAACUUUGAUAGGCCAAUAACCGACUUCCCAAAUGAGCUUUUGGCGAUAAAGAAGGAAGGGAAACAGACGGGCGUCCGUUUAGGACUUGCGCAUUUGACCCCUGAAGACGACAUAAUCUUUGAUAAUGUCUCUACGACUUACAUGGACCUUGUUGCACCGAGAGACAUCCUCGAUCAUCCCGGACAGGGCAUCUUGCCUGGCCCAAAGUGGAUUGAUCUCGAUAUCAUCCGUGGCUGGUUCUCCGUCUGCAAGAACUCACAUCAGUCACAAUGCAGUGAACCACCUUGGCUGAAAGGAGUCGAGCCUGCCGAUCCCGAGUGGUUCAUUGACGUGAUUGACGACUGCAUUGUAUCUCCCCCCGGAAGGGGAGUGGACUAUGUUGCCUUGUCAUACACUUGGGGACUUGGUCGAAAUCUCAAGAAUACAAAGGCCACCCUCGGCGAGCUGAGACAGCCCGGGGCCCUCCGUGUGCCAAAUUUUGCGAGUCAACUACCGGAGACUAUUCGAAACACUAUAGAUAUUGUCAGAUUACUCGGCGAACGAUAUCUUUGGGUUGAUGCCCUGUGUAUUAUCCAAGACGACCCCGCAAGUCUUGGCCGGAAUCUGAACCAAAUGCAACUUAUCUACGCGAACUCCACCUUUUGCAUCAUGGCGGCUACUGGAUGUGGUGCUGAGUUUGGACUCCGUGGUCUCAAGGGCCUUUCACCAGAAAGAGACCUCGAAAUGCGCAUCUACGACCUGGCAGAUGGCAACAGGUUGAUAGCAAAGCCGCUAUCCCAGGAUCCAACUGCGGGGACCAAGUACUCUUAUCAUCAGCGCGGCUGGACCUUUCAAGAAUGGCUUUUCUCCCGUCGACGUUUGGUAUUCAAUCAUGGUCCUUUAAUGUGGCAAUGUCAAUGCGCACGAUGGCAAGAGACAGCCAAGAUUAAUCCAGAAGCUGAUGCUCAGUGGAGCCGAAUGCAUCGGACCAAGGAGUCUGCUUUGGAUCCCUCACCGAGUAUCUGGGAUUUCAUGUCAAUGGCCUCAAUGUUCAACACCAAAGCAUUGACUAUGCAAGAAGAUGCACCGAAAGCGUUUGCAGGGAUACAGGCUAUGCUUCAUCGGGUCCACCCUGGAGGUUUGCUAUAUGGACUAUCCGAAUUCUUUUUCGACAUAUCUCUGGCUUGGGCAAGUCUGUACUCCAACAUCCAGAGAAGAAGAGGGUCAAACGCUGCAAAUGCGCUUCAGGAUGGGCUUCCAAGCUGGUCAUGGCUAGGCUGGGAAGGAGACGUCAACUUUCCUAAAGAUGCCGAAUUUCAAGUCAUGCAGCCGUGGAAUUAUCAUGAGCAAAAGAUCGGCUUUCGGGAGCCCGUCACAGAAUGGUUUACGAUGGCGACGCCAGACUCGACUAGAAGAAGGAGAGUAAGAUCUGAAUGG